GACUCUCAACCACUGCGCCACCAGGGAAGCCCACAUGAUUCUUUUUGAAUUAUGGUUUUCUCAGGUUAUAUGCCCAGUAUGUGUCUGUAGACUUUGGGAGCACUUAUAAUAUUACUUUUACCGUCUGGGAACAUGCUUAAUGGGGUCUGAAAUAGUAUUUCUGAAAACUUUUAGUGAUUACUUGCAGACAACACUCCCCGUAAGUCUCCCUACAGCCACUCUAAGAAAUAACGAAAGCCUCCUCUCCAGCCUAGUUAGAUCCCUCGCAGUGCUUCUGGAUUUGUGGGGGUGGGACCACCAGCUGGAGCCCUAGCUAGACCUCUGAGAACUACAUUUCCUAGAGGACUGUGUGCCGAGAGGCAGCAUGUCUAAGCCAAUGAAAACCCAGGGUAAAGACAUUCCUGCGCAUGCGCUUCUCAUCGGGGAGGGACUUCCGGCCGCCUCCUCGUGGCGGCCAUUUUAAUUGCUCUGGAUUUGUUCUAGUUCAAGAGCGCUCCGUGGGGGCUGAGAUGGCUGAGCUAAGGAGUUCCAAGUGGAGGUGUCCCCGUUGCACAGAGACGGGUCUGAAGUUCGGCGACACCGCCUGGGGUGUCCCGCGUCAGACCCUGGAUAAGGCCGGUCGUGGCUGGGUCCCCUCUGUUCUCCCGCCGCUACCGGCCCAGCUCCACCCACAGAGUCCGAAUGCGGUGGCGGCGCUAAGGGACCCGCCUCAGGCUAGUGUGACUUUGGAGGACGUGGCUGUGUACUUCUCCUGGGAGGAAUGGAGUCUCCUUGAUAAGGCCCAGAGACACCUGUACCAUGAUGUGAUGCUGGAGAUCUUUACACUUAUAUCCUCACUGGGUUGUUUGUGUGGCAUAGAGGAUGACAAGACUCCUUCAGGACAGAGUGUUUCUCAGGAAAGAAUGCCACAAAUCAGGACUCUAAAGCCAGAUCUGUCAACCCAGAAAGCUCAUCUCUGUGAGAUGUGUGCUCCUGUCAUGAAGGACGUUUUGUACCUGGCUGAGCAUCAAGGAACAUAUACUGGGCAGAAAUCGUGUACAUGUGUAGCAUGUGGGGAACAAUUCUGUUUCAGGGCAAAUCUUGACCAACACCAGGAGGAGCACAGUGGGGAAAAACCCUGCAGCAAGGGUAUGAACAGGACCUCCUUUGUGAAGAGCUAUGGAAUCUAUUUGUCAGGGAAGCCUUUCACCUGUGGGGAGGGUGGAAAGGACACUGUGGGCCUUUUCCAGUACCAGGCCACUCCCAAAGCAGUACUGAAUAUACACAGCAGUACUGGCUGUGAGGAGCCCUUUCACUGUGGAAAAAGUCCUUACAAGUGUGGUGAAUGUGGGAAAGCCUUCCGCUGCAAACGUACACUUGUUCAGCACCAAAGAAUUCACUCUGGAGGACUGUAUGAGUGCAGUGAAUGUGGGAAAACCUUCACUUACAAGCACACAUUUCUUCGGCACAAGACGCUUCAUACUGGAGAAAGGUCUUUUGAAUGCAGUGAAUGUGGGAAGACCUUCAGGUUCAAAUAUAAACUUGUUCAGCACCAGCGUAUUCACACUGGAGAAAGGCCUUAUGAGUGUGCCGAAUGUGGGAAAGCUUUUGGGUGCAAAUCCAAACUUGUUCGGCACCAGAGAAUUCACACUGGAGCAAAGCCUUAUGAGUGUACUGAAUGUGGCAGAUUCUUUAGACAAAGUUCCAGUCUUGUUCAGCAUCAGAGAAUUCACACAGGAGCAAGGCCUUAUGAAUGUGGUGAAUGUGAGAAAUCUUUUAGCCAAAGCUCUAGCCUCAUUCAGCACCGCAGAAUUCACACUGGAGAAAGGCCUUAUGAAUGCAGUGAAUGUGGGAAAUCCUUUAGCCAAAGCUCCAGCCUCAUUCAACACCGAAGAGUUCAUACAGGAGCAAGGCCUUAUGAGUGCAGGGAAUGUGGGAAAUCCUUUAGCCAAAGCUUCAGCCUCAUUCUACAUCGGAGAAUUCACACUGGAGAAAGACCUUAUGAAUGCAGUGAAUGUGGAAAAUCUUUUAGCCAAAACUACAGCCUCAUUCAGCACCAUAAACUUCACACUAGAUAAAGGCCUCAAGAACAAAUGCAUUACAAGUGCAGCGAAUGUGGGAAAGCUUUCAGUCGCAAAGAUACACUUGUCCAGCACCAGAGAAUCCAUACUGGAGAAAAGCCUUAUGAGUGCAAUGAAUGUGGGAAAGCGUUCAGCCGCAAAGCCACACUUGUCCAGCACCAGAGAAUCCACACAGGAGAAAGGCCUUAUGAGUGCAGUGAAUGUGGAAAAGCCUUUAGCCGCAAGGACAACCUUACUCAGCACAAAAGAAUUCACACUGGAGAAAUGCCUUAUAAGUGUGGGGAAUGUGGCAAAUACUUCAGCCAUCACUCCAACCUAAUUGUACACCAGAGAGUUCACAAUGGAGCAAGGCCUUAUAAGUGCCACGAUUGUGGGAAAGUCUUCAGACACAAAUCCACACUUGUUCAGCAUGAGAGUAUCCACACUGGAGAAAAUCCUUAUGUUUGCAGUGAAUGUGGGAAAUCCUUUGGCCACAAAUAUACCCUUAUUAAACACCAGAGAAUUCAUACUGAGGCAAGGCCUUUUGAGUGCACUGAAUGUGGGAAAUUCUUUAGUCGAAGCUCUGACUUUAUUGCACACCAGAGAGUUCACACAGGUGAAAGGCCUUUUGUGUGCAGCAAAUGUGGGAAAGAUUUCAUCAGAACCUCCCACCUUGUUCGGCACCAAAAAGUUCACACUGGAGAAAGGCCAUAUGAAUGCAAUGAAUGUGGGAAAUCGUAUAGCUUAAGCUCCCAUCUCAUUAGGCACCAGAAAGUUCACACUGCCGGAAGGCUUUAGGAGUGCUUCCAACACAACAGAACUCAUGGCGAGGAGCUCUGUGUCUGCCUUUAGAGAGGGAGACAUCAAUCAUGUGUCGAACCACAUAUAUCUGGACAUUAAUACUGUGGAGUAUUUUAUGAAUGCCAGGUGCAGGGGAAGCUUUCAGAAGCUAUGUUGCACUUUCAGACCUGCUCAGGUUCCUUGCCAAAUUUCUUAGUGCCUGUGGCUGAAACCAUCUCAACUCAACCAGCUUAAUUACCCUAAUAUUUUUAGGGGAGGCAGAACUUCAUGCUCUCUUCAAUCCCUGGAGGAAAUUAUAAGAAAUCUGAAUUAAAUGGUGGUCCUCAUUUGCUUCCCUAUGACCGGAAAAGGUAUGGACAUGAUCCACCUUUAGCCAAGAUGAUCUAAGCUGUGCUCUGGUAGCAGAAAAGGUUUACCUUAUUCAUGGACAUUGUUGGUCUCAUGUGAUACUUGUGAUGAAUUUUUCCAGCCUCCAAGUCACCCAGGCUGGAUAACUACUUGACUCAUGUUGCUCUGGUUUGUGUGGUAAUAAAUACCUUAUUAUUUAAGCCACCUUUAAUCUCGGAGGUUCUUUUUAGUGUCUGGAGUGGUUUAGAAUCCAUUAGACUCUGCCAAACUGAAGAGGUAAACUGUUUGUGGUGGGCUCCCAACUGUGUGCCUCAAAUAGAACAGGUUGGCAGAGAACAGUUCUCAGUCCAAUCUUGGUGUUAAUUUCCAUUGCUGACAAAAGCUUGGGUGAGAAUUCAGGGCUUUGUGGGCCUGAUUUUGUCUAGAUUUCAGAGUUAUUCGAGGGUCCAGACAUCACCUUGAGAAGGGUGGUAUUGUAACAACCUACAACAUGUUUGGGAGCAGCAUGGCUUCAGUGUCUUGUUUUCACCAUAUAUGCCACAUUCCCUGGCACUGUUGAGGGGCAGCUGUUCCUCAGGACCUGCCAAGUGCCAUAUGCCCUGAAGGCCAGAAUCUGGUACAGGAGUCACUGGCUGUAAGGCUUACUGUGUCCAGGAGGGAAACAAAAUUGAUGCAGAAACACUGGGUGUGAAUAAUUGGGAUUGGAGAGACUGCUGCAAAGGAGAAUGGGUGUGCCCAUGCUAAAAACACAUCCAUAAACAUUCAAGUCAGUAUUGCUGGAUGAGAUCAUGUAUGGAGAUUGUCAUGCUCUCUGGGGCUGUCUCAUUCUUAUGACCAGGGUCAGUGGCAGAGCAAAGAAUGUAGUUUUCCUCAAUUUCUGUGCCUCCUUGGGCUCUUCAGCUGAUGCUGCAUGGGCAGGAAUCCUGGGACUGAGAAUAGAACUGUAGUCAACAUGCAGUAUACUGCCCACACUGUACAGUUUGGUAAGCCUUAAUAUAUGUAUACACAUUUGAAAUCGUCUAGUCAUGAUAUUGGAUAUAUCCAUCACCCUUUCUCAGUGCCUUUCCUAAUACUUUACCUACCACCCCUAAGCAACCAUUGAUUGACUUUCAGUAUAGAUAAAUUUGCCUUUUCUAGAAUUUUAUUUAAGUGGAACCUUAAAAGUUUACUUCUGUCUGCUGUCUUGCAACAUGAUUAUUUUGAGAAUCAUCUAUAGCUCAUUCUCUUUAUUGCUGAGUAAUGUUCUAUAUGGAUAUACCACACCAUAUCAAUAUAUCUUAAAUGAUAUUUGGAGUUCCCCCGCCCAGAUUCUAAAUAUAAAAAUAAAGCUGCUGCAAAUAUU